CUGGGCUGCAACAGCAACCAUGGCCGCCGAUCCGCCGAAACCCUCCUCUGAUCCCCACCCGGAUCCGGCGGCGCCGGCGCCAUCCCGCAGCUGCCGCCGCCGCCGCCUGCCCUUAGCCACGGUGGGGAUCCUCGUCGCCCUCGGGCUCAACCUCGCGCUCUGCCUCCGCCUCCGCCGCGGCGGCGGCCACGACCUCGCCUUCGUCGUCCUCUCCCACCUCAACCUGCUCCUCCUGUUCCUGUCCCUGCGCCGCUUCGAGCGCACGCCGCCAGGGUCCGCGGCGCGGGGCCGGGCCAUGCUCGCCGUGUGGCUCCUCACCGCCACGCUCACCGCCGCCUUCACCUGGAAGAUCGGCGCGCUCAUGCCGCUGGCCUUCGCGGUCGCGGCGUGGGUCAUGGCCGCCGCCACCGUUCUCGGUGGCUUCUGCAUGCUGUUCCUCCUCCAUGGCGACAAGUGAUGGAGAUCUAUGUGCUGGUCUCAAGAUUUGGAGCAAGUAUGUUGUUUGUACCCUGCUUAGCUCUGAUGCAGAGAAUUUCAGACUGACCCACAUCUGUCCGCGACAUAUGAAUGAAAAUAAUUAAAAUGUAAGCGGUGGAUGGCUUCGUCUGAUUUCUUCUGGGUUCUGUUGUUUUCACCUGGAACAAAUUAAAUCUUUCAGUCUCGCUUUCACCUGUCCACUUGAACAUAUAUACUAUGCAAAGUGCUGGACAUGGAGCGGAUUUUUCAUU